GAUAAAGUUCAUCAUGUUUCCAUGACACACAAAAGCGCGUCUUUUAAAAUGGCGAAAUGUUCGCUUCCUGUUGGCUGAAUGUGAUCAUUAAAAAUUGAUGCUGUCAAUCUGUUCAUCGUUUUGCAACCGAAACAUUAAGAAUUUAUCUAUAUGAAGUUAUAUUUAACUCCAAUGACAGUUAGAAUGUUACUCAAGUCGUUGACUUCCGACUGAUCUUAAGACAUGUCGUAACACGUCCAGUGUCCGUCUUAUCGAGUGCUCGGCUUCAUGCCAGGCAGCCUGACGUAAACAUUUGAAGUUGGAGUCAGAAUUUAAUUUUAGACACGACAAUGGAUUCCUGAGUAAGAUUAUCUUUUGGUUUCCUGAGAAAGAAAGCUACUUGGCAAUGGGAACAUUAUUCGAAUGCUUGAAGGAGGCAAGACUUGAAAAAUAUUACCAAAUAUUUCGAAUAAACGGAAUCACGCGUUCUGAGGCUCUCGCAAGAUUAGACGCUGCCGACUGUGAUGCUAUUGGAAUAACUUCUCCCGAGGAUCGAAGAAGGUUGGUGGAUCUUAUAGAAAUCAUAAAAUCUGUCAAUGAUGCUGACCCUUUGUAUAUUUCACCUGCUCCAAGACAUAGCCCAGUACCAAACAGAAAAUCUCCUUUAAAGAGAAACCGUACCCCCGGUUCAAGCAUCAGUGAUGUGCCUAGCCAGAGACUGGUUCCAACAAACAAUGUGAGAGUGGUGGAGAGGAGUCGCUCCUCCCCAGCGCAGGCACAGGCUCUCGGAUUCUCAGACAGCGGGGAGGAAACCGAAUCCGAAUCAUCUGACCCAUCGGAUUAUGAGCCUGCCUCAAAACACCUCAAUCCAGCUUCUCCCGUAGUCAGGAAAAGAGCUGUCAGUCGCCGUGUCAAACAAAAAGGUUACAAUUAUGGAGUGCCAACAAAUGCCAGCUCCUCUAUCAGGAGUUCAAGGUCAUCCUCUGUUAAACAUGUUGGUGGGGAUGAAAAAAUUAAAGUGUGUGUUCGUAAAAGACCACUGAACAAAAAGGAGAUGAAGUAUGGUGAAUCGGAUAUUGUGUCGGCUGAGAGCACUACAACUCUGAUGGUCUAUGAACCAAAGUUGGCCGUGGAUCUAACACCCCACACGCUUCAGCAUGAAUUUAUUUUCGACGAAGUAUUUGAUGAAGGGUGCAGUAAUGAAGAUGUGUACAUACGAGCAGCUCGACCUCUGAUUAACUGUGUAUUUGAAGGUGGAAGUGCUACGUGUUUUGCAUAUGGACAGACGGGUGCUGGGAAGACCCACACGAUGAUUGGUUCACGUGAAGUGCCCGGGCUUUAUCUCCUGGCCUCACACGAUAUCUUCUCCAUUAUCGAGUCUUGCAGAUAUGGAAAGGGCAUUAAAGUGUGGGUCAGCUACUUUGAAAUAUACUGUGGAAACCUCUAUGACCUGUUAAACAAGAGGAACAGACUCCAUGCUCGUGAGGAUGGUUCCCAUAAAGUGUGUAUUGCUGGACUGACCGAGACUGAGGCUACUGACGUCCAGUCUCUACUACAGAUAUUGGAAUACGGUAAUUCUGUCAGAAGUAAGGGAGCGACGGGCGUGAAUCCUGACUCUUCCCGCUCUCAUGCCAUUCUUCAGCUGGAAAUCAGGGAGGCAAAUGACAAAAGACUGGGAAGAAUGUCUUUCAUUGACCUGGCAGGAAGUGAACGUGCCUCAGACGUAACAGACACAGACAAACAAACACGCAUGGAGGGAGCAGAAAUAAAUCAGAGUCUGUUAGCUCUGAAAGAGUGCAUCAGAUCUAUUGACCAAGAUAGCAAGCACACCCCAUUCCGUCAGAGCAAACUGACUCACAUCUUGAAGGACUCUUUCGUGGGGAAUUCCCGGACUUGUAUGAUUGCAAAUAUAUCUCCGAUUCAGUCAUCGUGUGAGCACACCCUGAAUACUCUGAGAUACGCCGACAGGGUGAAGGAGCUUCGUCGUGAGUCCUCAUCUGGAAUGAGAGCAAGUACUGCCAGUAAUAUCCUGAUGAACAUACCACUUACCACUCCCUCUGCAUUCCAGCCGGGAAACAUACUGUGUUCAUCCACCCCCAUCAAGCCUAAGGCAAGCAGGCACACAGUGGCAAGAGCCACCAUGCAGGACAUUCACCUCGAUCCGAAUGAAACCCCAAUCAAGGGUCACGGGGUGAAAAGAAAGACAAAACCUGCAUCUGCCUCCUCCUCUGGGUCAUCAAUCACAAAACCCCAGAUCCGAAAACCAACUGCAACUGUGGCUAGUCGGCUCUCUGUUGUGAGACAUAUACCCCCACGGCCCACCCCUGACCCUGUAAGGUCAAGCCCCCAACAACAGCAGCGCCAUCUGGAGGACAGUGAAUCUGAUCACACAGACUCCGACUCGUGUAACGUUAGUGAGAAACGUAAUGUGAAAACAAUUCCAGACGUCCCUGUCAUAAAGUCUACAGACACAGAUAAUGAUUUUCCAACGACUGAUUUCAAUAAUGAAAUUGAAUUAAAUGAUUUAAAUAGAACUGGAGGCAAAAAUGCUCCCCCUUCUGGUAAUAUCUCCAACCCUCAGAGUGAGGCAGUGGAGAGGAAUCCUGGUGUUCACUUAUCAUCCUCAGGACAUCCGCUGCCAGUCAUUGAGAACCAGGGCUACAGAUCCUCUGGUCCCAGUCAGCCUCCACACGAGAGGGGGGCAUCCCCUUACAGGGGGAAUUCCCCACAGGGCUCCUCACACCGCAGUCCUCCCGUCCUCAGAAAGAAGAUUUACACUGAACCUUCAGGUCAGACGACUAGCACAGCCACAGACUCAGUAUUGAGGAGAUUUGACAGCCAGGUGAGAAAUUUGCCUCUGAAUAAUAACUUUAUGACAAACCCCAAUAACAACGUACCCAGGGUGUCUGAAAUGUCCCAGAAUCCCUCGGGGAAAGCAUUGACCUCUGCCAAACCUGUGUUAAGACAUUCUCCUGUGUCUCUGGACAGUGUAGCUGACGAUUUGUUGUUUGAUGGUCCUAAUCCGUCUUCCCCUUCACAAAAAACUCCCAGAACGCCAGGCACAGGAGAAAUGAACUCUUUGAUAUUAGGUCUCAGUAGGGGAAAUAAUGUGCAACUAAAAACCCCACAAGACCCCUCAGUGGACCCGGUUUUACCAGCUGUUAUGACAGCCAAGAGUAGUGAUCUGACGACGUUUUCCCAGAGGUCCCCUGGAAGAUUUGGUCGGUAUAAUCCAGAACCUCCGCCCCCGCCAUUUUCUUUGGCCCUCGUUAACCCCACAGAAUCACGACCACGGAUAUUACGCACUCCCCCACCUAGUCAACCAGUAGAAAAAAACAGAGUGAGCCACUACACUCCCCCCAGACAACAACAUGACAGGGAUUCUUCAGAUGGGGACAACAGGACUAGUCCAUAUCAGAAAUACGAUGACAGGGAAAUUCCCCCUCGUAAGGACUUCAGGCUGGAAGAUACUCCUCAAGGUGAUGACCGAUUUACUCCAGAUUCUUAUGAUGGGGCAAAACUACUUGGUAACAUGAACAAUUGUAGUGUAGAUUCAGUCCAAAAUGGCCAGUACUCUCGAUCAAGAAAUGAACAUGAUAUAGAUGAAAGACAAUCAACAAGGCAGAAUAAUUUAGGAGGAUUGAGUUAUGAAAGCAUAGACAAUGACAGUAUAGAUAGGCAGUUUCCAGAAUCAUGUGAUCCCGUGUCUUUAGUUGAAAUAGACCCUCUCUCCACCAAUGAUUGGUACACUACCCCAGCUAAACAUGCUGUACAUAUCAUCUCCUCCGUCCAAAAGUCGACCUCUAGUCUGGACUACCAUCUUCACCCAGCCUCCGAGUACAACAGAGCUGACCAUGAGAUGCCAGAGAAACCUCUAGAGGCAGAUAAAGACACUCAGGGAAAGUUUGAUGCAGAUUUACCCGAAUUUCUACCAAUUCAGAAGAGACCUAGUCGCUAUGAGGACAGGUCUGUUAUUUCACGGAAGGAUGUAGCCUCGAGAUUAAGAUCUGUUUUCUUCAAGGAUUCAACAGAGACAGCACAGAAAGAUAACACAUCAGACUAUAGUCCUGUUGAUAAAUCAGGUAUCUUGUCAAGUGAUCACAAAGGGCACACAACUACUCAAAGCAAAUUCCGACCAGCAAACACACAGGAGAAAGAGAGAGUGACAGAGAGCAGGAAUGAUAGAGAUACCUCAGGGAACAGUCACUCUUCUGUCAGCAAAUUCAACAGUUCAGCGAUAAAAACAGAGAAGCUCAAGGGAGAAGCUAGGUCAGGGUCGGCCUUCAUUCCCAUCCACCCCCAACCGACAACCACCACCCCCAUCACAAAACAUCGGGUGGAGACAGAAAACCAAGAUAUAGCACACCCAGUUCCCCGAGAAUCUGAGGAUGUUGACAGACAGACAGAGAUUGAGACCCUCCAGGCAGACAGAAGACAGAAGAUCAUAUCGGCCCAUGAAGAGCAGCUUGCCACAGUUACCUCUCUUUGUAAGCAGGAGAUGAAGCUGUUGUUGGGAGCCAAGGCUGGGCAGAAAAGUGGCGAGGAUUACGUGAACCGAAUCAGUCGAAUACUGAGCCAGAAAAUGCAGGCCAUUCAGCUUCUCCAGGACACCCUAGAGAACUAUCACUGAUCCCCCCCCCCCUCCCGUUAACUAGGCCAUUCAGUUUCUCAAGGACAUACAUUUACCAGAGAACCAUUACUCAUCCCCACCCACAAUUAACCAGGCGUACCAUGCACGUUUCCAUCCAAAACAUCUCUGUCGCAUCUUGUGUGUGUGCCAGUUUCUAAAGGUCAUGGGAUUCUUAGAAGAGAAGUUAUAUAUAUAUAUAUAUAUAUAUAUAUAUAUAUAUAUAUAUAUAUAUAUAUUAUCAAUGUAGGUCAUGAAAUCGCAAAAGUGCAUUUGACUGCUGCAGUAGACAUCUUUUUCACGAGAGGGCUUAUCGCGAGUAUUCCAUUUUGUUUUUUAAUUUAUUGUCUGUAAUUCAUUAUCCGUCCGUAUGAACUUCAUGACAUUUUGUACAUAAUUUAUGGUUAAAGAAAUCUUUUUUUGGAAGAAAAAAAAAAAAGAAUCUUAAGAUUGGCAUUGUCUUGAUAUUUUAUUCCAUCAACGCUCCUAGCCUCCGUUGUUAGUUUUCAAUACCGGAGAUUCUGCGACAGUGGCGAGAAGUCGUCUUACAUAAUGACAAGGAUUAAUAUUUAAUGAUGAAGUUUCAGGCCUUGUAGAUAUGUAUUUUAUCUGCUGUCUGUACUUCCUCAUUCUAUGCAGGGUAAAACGAUUGUUUAAUCUACUGUCUGUAGUUACAUGUGCCCAUCCCAGAAACAGUAAAACAAUAUGGAAAUGUAAUGAAGCAGAACAUAUUGAUAUUGUGAUUUAUAUAGAUUGUUAUACAUAAAAUAUAAACAUUAUAUUAUAAAUAUGCUUUCAAGAAGUCGUUUCUCUUGGGGAUGUGUCGAAGUUUUCCCACAGUAUUAUGUUGCUCAUCACUCUAGAAAUGUAUACUGGUUUAAGUGUUUACUCAUAAAAUAUUAUUUUAUUACCAGCUAGCUUAAACAUAGAAUUGUUUACAUGUUGAUAUCAAUACAUUAUGCACUCUGUCUCUAUGAAGUUUUACGUAUAUACAUUGAAUAUGAAAGGACAAAGUCAUCGCUGCCUUGAGCAAAGCGUCAAGGUUUUUGUUUAUUUCGGGGCUAUUUUGUCUUGAACGUAACAACAACAGUUCACAUUGCAUCGAUGUUUGGAUAUAAUAUCUGGAACGAGUUUAUGAAUGAACUUUUUUUUUAUUACUAUCAAAAUCGUGUAAAAAUGUAAAAUUUAGCAUUGAAGGGACCUGUCUGACGAUUUUACGUAAUAUUGUAAAACUGCAGACUAAGAGCAAACACGAACCAUUCCUUGUUAAUUUCAAUGUGAAAUGGAAAUGUCAUCUAGGACGCGUUCGGUGAUGACAGAUGUCAGUUUAUGUAUAAACAAAUAAAUGUGUUUCCGUUCACAUGAAUGUGACUGACGUAUGUUUAGAAUACACCCAUUGCAAGUCAGCACGUUAUGUCUGAUGUAAUCACGUGGAACCUUCUGACCACGUGCAAAACUUGUAUGGUUUUUAGAUGUUUGUUGUUUAUGUUCAGUUUCGUUUCAGUUCUGUUUUUGACGUUUGUAGCCUUGUUUUUAUAAAAGAUAUAUUUAUAUUUAUGCUUUAAAAGAAAUGAAAAUGUUCA